CCGUGCUGGGGGCUGCCAACGCCGAGCUGACACCAUGGUGCUGUCUGCCGCCGACAAGACCAACGUGAAGGGCAUCUUCACCAAAAUUGGGGGACACGGCGAUGACUACGGCGCCGAGACCCUGGACAGGAUGUUCACGGUCUACCCCCAGACCAAGACCUACUUCCCCCACUUCGAUGUGUCCCACGGCUCCGCUCAGAUCAAGGCGCACGGCAAGAAGGUGGUGGCUGCCCUGGUUGAGGCCGUCAACCACAUCGAUGACAUCGCGGGCGCCCUCUCCAAGCUUAGCGACCUCCACGCCCACAAGCUCCGCGUGGACCCUGCCAACUUCAAACUUCUGGGCCAAUGCUUCCUGGUGGUUGUGGGCAUCCACCACCCCGCUGCCCUGACCCCAGAGGUCCAUGCCUCCCUGGACAAGUUCCUGUGCGCCGUGUCCACCGUGCUGACCGCCAAGUACCGUUAAGACGGCACCAUGGCUAAGGCUGGCCCUAACCUACUGCCAGCCCUUCAACAGUGAGCAACCAAAUGAUCUCAAAUAAAAUCUGUUGCAUUUGUGCUCC